AUGUAUCGAUUCCUACCUCUUUUUUUCCUGCCCCUGGCAGCUUUGGCUGCCGAUGAGCUCCCUGGUGUUGUGGUUCCUAAAAAGCCCGUGGGUGGGCUGUAUGAUACUUGUGCUAUCCAGGUGGUGCAACUAUCAAAAGGCGAGAAAGCCUGGGUGACUGGCAAUUGCAGCACCCGUCAUGGAGACCAAAUGGAAAGCCAUUUAGAUCUUGAUCGGUGCUUUUCUAGUCAGUUUACGUUUGAUAUAACACCAGAAAAAGACGGUGGUAAGUUUCCCUUCUUGAAAAUAUGUCUUCUGGUAUUGAUAUAUUUAUGA